AUGCAGUGCCAGGCAGAGGAGGAUGGGGACCAGUGCAGGCAGAAUACGGGAAUGGACUCCGGAAUGGAGGACCUGGAGUAUAAAAACUUUGAGAUGGAGGGGAUAGGGGACUCCGAGAUGGAUUAUGACAACCUGUCUGAGCGCUAUAUUCCCUACAGAGAAAGGAAAGAAUGGGCAGAUGUGACUCCUGUCCCGCAAGAUGAUGGGCCUAACCCAGUUGUUCAGAUUGUUUAUAGCGAGAAAUUUCGGGAUGUUUAUGAUUAUUUCCGUGCUGUACUUCAGCGAGAUGAGAGAAGUGAAAGAGCUUUUAAACUGACAGCGGAUGCCAUUGAGCUGAAUGCUGCAAACUACACUGUAUGGCAUUACAGAAGAGUAUUAUUACAGUCACUGAAGAAGGACCUCCGUGAGGAAAUGAACUAUAUCUCAGCAAUUAUUGAAGACCAGCCAAAAAAAUUACCAAGUCUGGCACCACAGGAGAGUGCUGGUUGAGCUGCUAAAGGAUCCAUCAGAAGAGCUUGAGUUUAUUGCAGACAUUUUAAACCAGGAUGCUAAAAACUACCACGCAUGGCAGCAUAGGCAAUGGGUUAUUCAGGUUUAAUUUGUGGGAUGGCGAGUUACAGUAUGUUGAUCUGCUGUUGGCUAGAGACUUGCGAAACAAUUCUGCUUGGAACCAAAGAUACUUUAUUAUUUCUAACACAUCAGGAUACAGCAAUCCCCAAAUUCUAGAGAGAGAGGUUCAAUAUGCUGUAGAGAUGAUCAAGGUUGCACCACACAAUGAAAGUGCAUGGAACUAUUUGCGAGGAAUAUUACAAGAUCGUGGCAUGUCUGACUACCCAAACCUUCUUGAGCAGAUCCAGAGUAUACAGCAAACGCACAGCUCCCCAUUUCUUAUUGCCUUUUUAGUGGACUUGUUUGAUGACAUGUUGGAAAAGAAAUGUAAAGAUCCUGAGGAUACGCUGAGGAAAGCGCUAGAGCUUUGUGAACUUCUUGCCACAGAUAAAGAUACUAUUAGAAAAGAAUACUGGCGCUAUCUUGGACGCUUACUACAGAUUAAGUAUGGGUCAAAGAAUUCUGAGAAAGAAGAAAUUAGUCAAGAAGAUACUAAUGGACAAUGA